AUGUUAAGGGAUUUUUUCUUUCCACAACUGCAACAAUUUGAAGCCUAUUAUCGUGCGACAUGGUUUCAACAAGAUGGCGCGACAUGCCACACAGCUAAUGCCUCUUUGGCGGUCGUAAACGAGAUGUUUGGUGAGAAACUGAUAUCGCGCCGAGGUGACAUUGUAUGGCCUCCUAGAAGUCCGGAUCUUACACCACUGGACUUUUUUUUGUGGGGAUACCUAAAAAGUAGAGUCUACUCCAAUAACCCAGCCACAAUUGACCAGUUGAAGACCAAUAUCCGGAAAGAAAUGGCAGAUAUUCCCCGUGCAAUGUGCCAGGGAGUUUUUACCAAUUUGAGGUUCAGAUUCGAAGAAUGUUUGCAGCGCGAUGGUGCACAUCUGGAUGAUGUUAUUUUUAAGAAAUGA